UCCUGAUGCGACAUUUGACCAAUCAGAGCCCUCAGUCUCGGAAUCAGGUGAACGUCUCCGCCCACCGCCCGCUCCUCUCAGUGAAGACGGAACUCCGGCGUCUGACAGUAAUUGAUGGAGGUCUUGUGGUCAAACCAUUAGCUUUUACUUUUUAAACUACUUUAACUGGACGAGAGGCAGAAGACGAGCGCCCUGGUGAACGCAGAGCGGGAGGACCUCGAGGUGUGCGUGAAAAUACAUAUCUGAACUUUUGUUUGUUUUGUCAAGGCUCUGACCACUGGCAGUGAUGGCGUUCCGUGAGUUCACAUCUACAGCUGCACAGCUGUAUGACAAGUGGAUGAAAGAUGCAGACCCCAGGACAGAAGACUGGCUGCUCAUGUCCUCGCCGCUGCCCCAAACAGUUAUUAUUGCAUUUUACAUCUACUUUGUGAUGUCACUGGGGCCCAGGUUAAUGGAGAACAGGAAACCGUUUGAUCUGAAGAGGGUCCUCAUCAUCUAUAAUUUCAGCGUUGUGGCUUAUUCUCUUUACAUGUGUUAUGAGUUUGUGAUGUCAGGCUGGGGAACAGGGUAUUCAUUCGGCUGUGAUCUAGUAGACUACUCUCGAUCGCCAAAAGCCAUGAGGAUGGCAUGGACUUGCUGGCUCUAUUACUUCUCCAAGUUUAUUGAGUUGUUUGACACAGUUUUCUUUGUGCUGAGGAAAAAGCACAAUCAGGUGACCUUCCUACAUGUCUUCCAUCAUUCCAUCAUGCCUUUCACUUGGUGGUUUGGAGUCCGGUUUUCUCCAGGUGGUUUGGGGACACUUCACGCCCCUCUAAACUGCAUCGUUCAUGUCAUCAUGUAUACUUACUAUGGAUUGUCAGCUCUGGGCCCUACAUACCAGAAGUUUUUCUGGUGGAAGAAGCAUUUGACUUCAAUACAGCUUAUCCAGUUUGUCAUCAUAACCUUACAUAUUAGCCAGUACUUCUUCAUGAAAGACUGUCCCUACCAGUACCCCGUAUUCAUCUACAUCAUUGCUCUGUAUGGCAUCAUCUUCCUCCUCCUCUUCCUCAACUUCUGGUACCACGCAUACACAAAAGGCAAAAGGCUUCCUAAAGGCCUGCAAAACACAACCAUGCAACAGAACAACAAUGACAUACACCCCAAGAAAGAAUAACUGGUGCUGUGUGACUAGCCAAUCAGCAGUGACAAUCUACCUAAAACCGCCUUUUGGCUACAUUUUUAUAAGACUAUUUAUAUGUACACCAUAACAUUUAUCUUGAUGCCCUGGGAAAAACUUUAUUGUACAGACUGUGUUGCAGUCUGGUCUGGAUCUUGCCUUUUACCCUCAGCUGGGCAUUUGAGUUGAACUCUGUGGGCUGCUCCUGUUUAUUCUCAUUUCCCUCAUUGUUUUCUGCAUACUGACGUGUUUCCCCUUUUUAUUUAAUGAGAUUAGAGUCGGAGAGUCAGAAGCCUCCCAGCUCCUCACUCAUGUCAGUCACAUCAUUUUCAUUGCCAUUUUAGACACCAUUUGUUGUGUUUAUAUAUUUAUGGCCCUGUUUUUGGCUAUAUCAGUAAAUAAGAUGAAAGAAGUGUUGGCAACUUUUUCUCCUCUUCCUUCAUAAAAAGCAGAACUGUCUGGAAAGAUCUACCACGUACACUAGGUGCUAGGUGUCUUUCACCCUUCACAUGUGACAUUGUGUGAAUGGUAGCAGUACUGCAACUGUCCUUGAAGGAACCGAUGCAUUGAACUCAUCUUGCACUAUUGGUGAAGAAGGACAGGAAUUUGGUUAUUUAUUUUAUUACAUGUCAUGUCGUCAUGAAUGUCUUAGGAUGUUUUUUUCUGGGACAGGUGCUUAAUUUUUGUACAAGGAAAUGUAUUAUGUUAACUUAAUAUUUAUGGAAAAAAAUUGCUGUAUUCACUUAAGUUGGUGUUUUUUUUUUUUUUUCUUCAUUUUAAUUUUUAACUGCAUUUUCUAAUGGACUGGCUGUACUUUGGGGAAUUUGCCCCCAGAAGUAGGCUAAACCUCUCAAAACCUCAGCACAUGUAGGGGUUUGGGGUAAUUUAUUGUAUUUGUUUAUCUUUAUGUAAAUACUAAAUAGUAGUCUGUUGUAUGUCUCCAUUGAGGGUUGUGUUUGUUUUAAAUGUAGAUGCAAGAUUACCCACUUAGAUAUUUCUCACCAUGAGAACACAGCUCCCCCAUGUGGAGUAAAACGUAGUAACAGUCUGGUUUACUAUGGGUCUGGGAAAUAUUUUGUAUAUUUUUAAAAUAAACACACAA